AUGAAUCUCGGUCAGAUAUGGUUCUUAUGGGUUACAAUACUCUUGCAAGAGGUUUCUUAUGCGUUUUUAGAUGCUAGCGAGGUGCUAUCGUUAGAGGAUUCUAAUGGUGUAAUCAGAGUUACCGAAGACAAUUAUAAGGAGCUAAGCCAAGGGUUGCCCGAUUACUAUGCAGUUCUGUUCAUCACUACUUCGAAAAGCAACAAGCAGGGUUUGAUCUGCGAUAUGUGCAACGGUUUCGACCCAAUCUUUCAGAAAGUAUCGGCAGCUACUCAUCAGCAAGUUCCUGAUUCCAAGGUGCUGUUUUUAAAAGUAGAUGUCAGUGAGAAUAACAAACUGGUCCAGGAUCUGGGACUGACUACGAUUCCGCAUGUGUUAAUAUUCCCGCCUCCUGAGGAGGGCGAGCCGUUUAGCUGGCAGAAGUCGGCCUUCUACCAAUAUGAGAUGUCAGCAAAUAGCGUCAAGACGCCUCUUCAUUUUGCCGACUUUCUAGCCAAAGUGCUGAAGGUGUACAUUGGGAUCAAUGAAGAUUUCGAGUAUCGAGAGUUUGCACUUUAUUUUGCCGUGUUCGUUGUUGCGUUCUCACUGUUCAAGCGUAAAGUGCUCCCGCUGAUUCCGAAUAAGGCCAAAUUCUUCUGCAUGUUAUUGUCGUUUGGAAUUCUAAUGCUGAGCAUUACAGGCUACAAAUUCACACAGAUGAACUCUAUCCCCUUCAUAGCCCGCGACCCUAAGGGCCAGAUCAUGUAUUUCAGCGGUGGCAUGGGCUGGCAAUUUGGUAUCGAAAUAUUCACGGUGUCGAUGAUGUACAUCGCAAUGGGCGCUCUCACGGUGUUCCUCAUCGUGAGUCCGAAAAGCACACAAGAAUCCAACGGGGCAAGCCUGCGUACCACGGUAAUCGCCUGUGUCAUAUGCUACACCUUCUGCUACUUUAUCGGAUGCUUCAAGAUCAAAAACCCAGAAUACCCAUUUGCAUAUUGA